AUUAUAACCUUAUCCUAUGUAUAUUUAUUAUCUAUGAUCAGAACCUGAAAUUUAUUUUAUCUAAAUUGCUUCGAAUAAUACAAUAUAUUCAGUAUUUCAACAUUAUUCUUACCGAAUUUUACAAAAUAACAGUAAUGGAAUGUGUUUUACAAUGAACAAGGAUAAGACUGGAAGUGAGGAAAAAUGUGAUACCAAGGACAUUAAUGAAGUCUUUGAUGAUUUAUUCUUACUAGAAGACCGAUAUGUGAAACAAGGUUAUCAGGAAGGCUAUUGCAAGGGUUCCACUGAGGACAAUAUUGAAGCUUUCCAUUUGGGGUACCACAGAGGUGCUGAGCUAGGGGCUGAACUAGGUUACUAUUCUGCAGUUAUAGAGGUAUAUUUAGAACAAAUCAAACAAGGUUUCGAAUGUCCAGCUUCAGUUAAUAUUAUUAAGAAUAUUGAAACUUUGAAAGAAGCAAUUGAUUCUUUUCCAACAAGCAAUAUUCAAUCAGAGGACAUUUUGGGAUUAGCUGAUAGAAUAAGAACUUUAUUUAAAAAAGUGUGUGCGUUAUUAAAACUUAAAAUUUCAUACCCAGAAGGAGACAAAAUGUCAUUUUAAUUAAGAAAUUAUAUAANAAAG